AUGAAGAAGUACUGUCAAGAAAGGGAAUGCUGCAUACUCCUCAUCUUCUUUUAUGUGGCUCGGGUCCAGACAAAUACCUUUGCAGUCAGUGUCCCAUCUGGCCCCAUCAAUUUUAAGGUGGGUCAGGAUGCUGUUAUCCCAUGCUUCCUAUCUCCAAGCAUCAGUGCCGUGAACAUGAAGGUGACAUGGCUUCAAAAUCAUUUGUUACCCAUACUUUUGUAUGAGAAUCAAAUCGAAACAUCAGGCCCAAACUUUGCAGGCAGGACAAGCCUCAAUGUUGAGCAACUGAUUCACGGUGAACUGUCCUUGUUGAUAAAGAAUGUUCAAGUUAUGGAUGAAGGACAUUAUUCCUGUUCUGCCAGUCAGGGUGCCUCAGAACAAAGUGCAAGCAUUGAAGUAAAGAUUUCAGCUACUGGAACAUAUCCCUUGAUCUCACUGGAUGAACAAGGUAACAGAGUUAUUCAUCUGACAUGUGUUUCUGAAGGCUGGUAUCCUCCACCAGAGUUGUUCUGGAUUGAUGGGAGAGGCAGAGAUUUAACACUCUCUACUACAAAGGAAAAGAGCAGAGAAGGACUGUUUCUUGUUAAAAGUACAAUACUUGUAUCGCAGCAAGACAGUCCCCAUCUGUCCUGCAUGGUCAAAAGCACAGGGAAGACAGAAUUAAAGUCAAGAAUAGAAAUUUCAGAGUACAAAAAAGUAUUAGAAGAUCAAGAGUGUGAUGAUCUUAAAACACAAUAUGAUAACUGUAAACAGCAAGCUAGAGAAGAAAUACAAAAAGCACGCGAAUAUGCACGUGACUUAACUCUGGACCCGGCAACAUCUCACCCCAAGCUAAAAGUGUCGGAGGAUAACAAAUCAGUCAAAUAUGCAAAAGAGCAGACUGAUGUUCCCAAUAAUGAACAGCGCUAUAAGUAUUGGUCAGGUGUUCUGGGAAGUGAAGGGUUCACCUCUGGACAGCAUUACUGGGAGGUGAACGUAAAGGACUUGAAUCACUGGGAUUUGGGCAUUGCUAAAGAGUCCGUUUCCAGAGACCAAAUUGGAGACAUUCAGCCUAAAAUGGGCUACUGGAGCAUCUGGUUUGUUUACAAGGAAUACAGGGCGCUUGAUGAAGCAAGAAGUGUCAUAAGAACAAAUGGACACGUUGAUGUUGUUGGUGUGCAUCUAAAUUAUGAUGAGGGGAAGGUCGUGUUUUAUGACAUAAAUAAUUACUUUCACCUUUACACUUUCCAUGCUGAAUUCAAAGAAAAGGUUUUUCCUUUCUUUAAUCCCUGGGGUAAUGAAACUGAAAUGAAGAUAAUGACAUGUAGUAACGAGGUAGAAAAUAUAGAAAAUAGCAUAACAUCUGGGUGUAUUUGA